GCGAUUCGAGUUUACUAGAAACUGGGUUGUAUCAGAAAUCAGAUAGGAGAGAGAGAGAGGGAGAGAAUGAGCGUAAGUACGGCGUCGUAUGUGGCUCGGCGAGCAGUGCAGAAGGAGAGGGUUCGCAUCCUCUACCGGAGAGCUCUCAAGGACACUCUCAAUUGGGCGGUUCAUCGCCAUAUCUUUUAUUCCGAUGCUGAUGCUCUAAGAGAGAAAUUCGAGGCGAAUAAACACGUGGAGGAUAUUGAACUGAUUGAUAGAAUGAUAGCAGCUGGUGAGGUGGAGCACAACAAAUGGAGGCAUCCCGAUCCUUACAUUGUUCCUUGGGCACCUGGUGGCUCCAAAUUCUGCAGGAAUCCAGCACCACCUCCAGGGAUUGAGAUUAUACACAACUAUGGCAUGGAAGAGCGUGAAUGAAGAGGAUCCAUCAUCCUCUGAAAUAAAUGAAGGUUGGUAUUUUGAUAUCAUUAUUCUCAUCAAUUUUGUCAUUCCUAUUACUAUGGUAGUAACGUUGCAAUAAACAUGAAUUAAACAUCAGUAACAUUCCUCCUUCUGUCUGGGCAUUUGCUUGUAUAAACCCCAACCCCAUCCCCACCACCACACCACCAAUUCUUUCUUCGAGAGGCGCACAAGAAUGGCCGGGCCUUAGUUAUCAAUUAUCAUGAUGUCCUGAUGAGAUCUUAAUGACUAAUGUUGCAGAUUGGAGGACCACAAAUCAUGAUAGGAGGACUAGUUCCGUUCUAGUUUGUGGUCUGUGGUUUUCAAUUUAAGAUUUUUCUUU